CAGCUCUGCCAUUUGUCUCCGCGCUCACGUUGCUUGCAUCAGCUUAUAUAGAGUCGAUAUUCGCCGGAAAGUUACCACUUUUUCUAUUUUAACACUACUACAUAUUAACAUUUGUCCGUCAGUACAGCAUACAAGCCACACGUUUCCAAAUGAAGCUGUUUGUCAGUGAAGGCAACCCACACUGUCUGAAGGUGUUGGCUGCCUUAGAAGAGACUGGAGCGAAGUGUGGGGUUGACUAUAUCAAUCACGAAGAGAACGUGGUUCCCUUUCUUAGCCGUCCAGCUAUACCAGCCCUGCUCCUGCCUAGUGGUUCCCACCUCUUCAGCUCCAAUGCCAUCUGCCAGUUUCUGUUUGAGGUAAAUGGCCAAGAAACCCCUCCACUUUGUAACCAAUGGCUUGAAUGGGAGGCCACAGAGCUCCAGCCUGCGUUGUUUCAGGCUCUCUACAUGGCAGUGGUGCAAGGAAAAGGUUCAGAGGUGUCGAAGGUCCUGCAGGCCCCCCUAAACUACUUGGACCAGGGACUGACCAAGGGAAAUUUGCCAUAUUUAACUGGGAACGCUGUCACAGUUGCUGAUGUCGUUUUGUGGGCUGCACUCUACCCCAUCUUGUCUGACUCCUCACUACAGCUGGGUGAACACAAGUCGGUGCGCUCCUGGUUUGACCGUGUAAACGCACGGCAGAGCUGCCAGUCUGCUACUCAGAAAGUGUUGCAGGGGAAAGGCCUUCAGGGCAUGAAGAGCUACCUGCAGAGACAGCCUGCCCCUCAGGUUAACCAGCCCCGAGACUCGCAGCCAAGCAACAGCCCCUCUGCUGAGUGCGAGGAGGGAGAACGUGUGGUCUCAGAGGAGGAGAUGGAGGCUGCUGCUCUCACCUGGAGCAAAGGUUUAAGCACCGGCCCUGUGCUGAAGGAGAGACAACAGCCCAUCUUGCCAGAAAAGGACAAGCGUAAUGUCCUGGUCACCAGUGCCCUGCCGUACGUCAACAACGUCCCACACCUGGGUAACAUCAUUGGCUGUGUCCUCAGUGCCGACGUCUUCUCCAGGUACGGCCGCAUGCGAGGCUGGAACCUGCUGUAUGUGUGUGGCACGGACGAGUACGGCACGGCCACAGAGAACAAGGCCAGAGAGGAGGGCCUGACACCACAGCAGAUCUGCGACAAGUACCACGCCAUCCACGCCAACAUUUACAAGUGGUUCCAGAUUGAGUUUGACUUCUUUGGCCGAACCACCACAGAGAAGCAGACGGAAAUAGCCCAGAAUAUAUUCUGGAGACUCCACGAACACGGGUUCCUCAUGGAAGACACCGUUGAGCAACUGCGAUGUGAGAAGUGUCAGCGUUUCCUGGCUGACCGCUUUGUUGAAGGCAUCUGUCCCCACUGCAGAUACCCAGAAGCCCGGGGUGAUCAGUGUGACAAAUGCGGACGCCUCAUUAAUGCCGUGGAGCUCGGGGAGCCCCAGUGUAAAGUCUGCAAACAGACUCCAGUCAUCCGCUCCUCCAAACAUCUCUUCCUGGACCUGCCAAAGCUGGAGGCUCAGUUGGAGCAGUGGCUGGAGACCUCCACCGGCACAGGAGACUGGACGACAAAUGCCAAACAGAUCACUCGCUCCUGGCUGAGGGACGGACUCAAACCUCGCUGCAUCACCAGAGACCUGCAGUGGGGAACCCCCGUACCUCACCCCGACUUUAAAGAGAAGGUGUUCUACGUUUGGUUCGACGCCCCCAUUGGUUAUCUGUCCAUCACUGCUAACUACACUGACCAGUGGGAGAAAUGGUGGAAGAAUCCUGAGCAGGUGGAGCUGUACAACUUCAUGGCCAAAGACAACGUGCCGUUCCACAGCGUUGUGUUUCCCUGCUCCCUGCUGGGAGCUCAAGACAACUACACGCUGGUCAACCAUCUAGUUGCCACCGAAUAUCUGAAUUACGAAGACACGAAGUUUUCCAAGAGCCGUGGUGUGGGUGUGUUUGGAGACAUGGCCAAAGACACCGGAAUCCCAUCUGACGUGUGGCGGUUCUACCUGCUCUACGUGCGUCCAGAGGGGCAGGACUCGGCGUUCUCGUGGGCAGACAUGGCUCUGAAGAACAACUCUGAGCUGCUCAACAACUUGGGGAACUUCAUCAACAGAGCCGGGAUGUUUGUCACCAAGUUUUUCGACGGCUGUGUGCCCGUGAUGGACUUGCAGCAGGAAGAUAAGAAGCUGCUGGCCAUGGUGAGCUGGGAGCUGCAGCACUACAUCCAGCUCAUGGACAAAGUCAAAAUACGCGACGCUCUGAAGCACAUCCUGAACAUCUCUCGCCAUGGAAACCAGUACAUCCAGGUCAAUGAACCCUGGAAAAAGAUCAAGGGAGGAGACGCAGACAGGCAGCGUGCCGGCACAGUCACCGGUGUCUCGGUGAACAUCGCCUGCUUGCUCUCAGCGAUGCUGCAGCCGUACAUGCCGACAGUCAGCCAGACCAUCAGAGACCAACUGAACGCCCCCCCAACCUGUGUCCACACCAUGGUCCAGGGCAGCGGCACCUUCGCGUGUUCUCUGAGCGCAGGUCACCGCAUCGGCACUGUCAGUCCAUUGUUCCAGAAACUGGAGGCGGACCAGAUUGAGGCUUUGAAAAAGCGAUUUGGUGGACAGCAGCCUGAAGAUGAACUUCCUAUGAAUAAGGCGACAGCUCAGAAAGCUGUCAGUCCGGCGGCAGCUGCAGUGCCGGUCGCUGCUGCUGCUGCUCCUGGUGCUGAGCCAGCCACGGCCAACGGAGUGGACCCUGAAAAGGCCAAGCAGCUUAGUCAGGCGGUGACUGAACAGGGGGAGAAGGUGCGAGCGCUCAAAGCCCAGAAGGCUGACAAAGCAGCGAUCACAGCCGAAGUGGCCAAACUGCUGGACCUAAAGAAACAACUGGCUGUGGCUGAAGGGAAGAACCCAGAGCCUGCGCCUCAGAAGGGCAUUUAGAAGUGAGACAGAAAAAGGAAGGGAAAAAAAAAAAAACACGAUUUCAGG